GGGAGGGCGGGGCAGGAGCGGCCGCCUCGCGCCGUGUGGGCGGAGCUCCUCCAGCGGACCUCCUCCUGGUUUUUGACCGCCCCGCCGCCGUUUUGACCGUUGGGAGGAGGGGUUUUGGGGAGGGAGCGUUAGCGCCCCUAGCGGAGCCUCGAGGGCCGUGGCGAGCGGGCGGGGCUGUCUUAUCCAGGCUGCCCUCCCGUGGGUUGCCAAGGAGAUCUGGGUUGCUCGAGGGUUGAUGUUUUUGGGCCUGCCUUGGGCACCGGGGGAGGAGUAAGGGGGGGGGCGGGCUGCUGCGUCGGGGAAUAGACCCAAAAAGCACACCCUGCCCACCCCCACCCCAAAGAAGAAGAAAAAAGGGGUGCUGGAGGAUUUCCAGCAUCUGCGCCAUUUGCUAGCAGAAGGGCAGGAUUCAGAAGGGGUGCAACUCUCUUUUCCACCUAGAGAUGUUGGGGAAGAGUGUUUGAUCCCCAGGGAUUUGGGGCUAUUAAGCAACCUCUUCCUUAAAUAGAGCAGUUCAUGUUAUACUUUUAAAAGGGUGGGGUAUAAUCCUUUCAUAGCACUAGAUAGCAUUCCUUUUUUUGGGGGGGGGAACAAUAAUAUUCCAUGUCAUUUCUUUUUGCAGUGCGCUGUGCAUCUCUCUUUCUUUUUAAAAGAGUAGAUUAAUUCUUCCUUUGUUCUCUCUGCCCUUUUAAGAGGAAAGAGCACUUGAUCUGUCUUUGAUCUGGCAGCUUUUUAUUCCAGGCCCCUUUUGAAAGAAUUGCCAGUUCUUUGCAGAGAAGUAUUUGAGCCCUUCAUCACCUUUGGAUGGGUUAGGGUUUUUUUCCCCUCCCACUGGGAAUGGAAAUUAAUACCCUGAUGUAGAGGGCAGCCUGUAUUAAAAGGAUGAUGCAAACCCAUUCCCUAUUUGUCUAGAACAUCCAACCCCUUAAUAUUGCUUGCUCUCCAUUGUAGCUGUUGGAUUUUUUGGCACCAAGUGGGCAUUGUCUACUGUUUGCACAUUCAGCUGUCGAAGCACUUUGCGUUGCUAAUAUUCCUCAAAAUCAUGUCAGACACAGCUACAAAGGAGUCUGAAGCUGCCAACCCUCAGGCUGUGGCUGCAGACCCAGCUGCUGCUGCUUCUGUUGCUGAAAGCUCAACAGAUUCUUCCUUUGGUGAGCACAACUUAAGCUUCACCACCACAGACCUCAGCCUGGUGGAAAUGACAGAAAUAGAGUACACACAACUUCAGCAUAUUCUUUAUUCACACAUGGAAGCACAAGCAAUUGACAAUGAAGCAGAAAACAGGCUAAAUACAAAUGGCUUCUCAAGUAACAACAGUGCAAACCAAACACAGUACUUGUCAUCCUGUAGUAACAGCCAAAAUGGCUUUUCAUCAAACAGCUCUGGAAACCAGUCCCUCUGUCCCAUUAUCUGCCAGUCUAGUUUGGCUUCUGACAGCAGUUUCAUGGGUCCCCCUAAUCAAUGUCUUGGGCACAUUGAUUUCCAGGAACUAAGAAUGAUGCUGCUUAGUGAAUCUAGCCUUCUGCCAAGUCAAGCUGAAAAAACGCCCAGUGGUAGCUCUGUAGAUACUUCUGGGCAGAGUUUAUUAAAAGUUAGACACAACGAAAGCAUGGGUGGGGUAAAUAAAGAAAACACACUUGUGGAAAAUUCAGCACCAGUAUCUGAAUCUAGAGCCAAAUCUGCAGUCCGUGUUCGUUUGGAGGAUAGGUUCAACAAUAUCCAGACUGAAACUCCAAGAUGUCAAGAAAGCCAAGAAACUGGAGUGUCCAUUAACAAUCUAGUAACCCUCAUACGCCAUACGCCAGACAUGAUGGGUGUUCCUCUCCACCAGCAGCAGAACAAAUGUACCACAGAAGUGAAAAACAAGACCGCUGCUACAACUACGACUGCAUUGCAAUUUACGUGCCCACUCUUUAACCCAAAUGCAGCUUCUCCUGCAAAUGGAAAUGCAAACACUUCACAGUCACAGAGUUCUGGGGCUUCUGUUUUGGAAGCAGCCAAACAUCAAGACCUUGGAUUGCCUCGAGCUUUUUCUAUCUGUUACCAGCAGGAAAUUGAAGCAACGAAACAGACAGUUGGUCCCAGGAAUAAGUCAGUGCCUGAACAUGUUUGGAUUAAAUUGGGAGAAGAGCAUCUAUGUAAGCAAACCAUAAACAAAAGAAGCCGCAAUCGCUUGCAUCCUUUGGAAACCAAUGUACAACGCAAACCUCUUGGGGACAUUCAAAAUAUGUGUGAUAACCAAAGUGCUGGCCCAGAACAGGGUGUUUGGCAUGCAUCCCAGCCCACCCAGAGCGGAUCAAGUGGAAACCAAGGUGGUGUCUCUCAGCGUCGGGAGAGGCAUAACCGGAUGGAAAGAGACAGAAGGCGCAGAAUCAGGAUUUGUUGCGAUGAACUGAAUCUCCUUGUUCCAUUCUGCACUUCAGAUACUGAUAAGGCAACAACUUUACAAUGGACUACAGCAUUUUUAAAAUAUAUUCAGGAACGGCAUGGGGAUUCCCUAAAGAAGGAAUUUGAAACCGUGUUCUGUGGCAAAACAGGCCGAAGACUAAAAUUAACAAGACCAGAUCUGCUAGGAACAUGCCCACCACAGGAGAUUACACAGAAUGGUACAUCGAUGGAAAUAAAGUAAUUAUAUACUUCUGUUUAAUAGAUGGAAAGUAUGAACACAGGGUGUUUAUAAUUCCCCCCCCCCAAAUUCGCCUACUGGACUUCUUGUGACUUAGUAUUGUUUUAAAAAUACAUAAACAGUGAAGAAAUGACACACUUUAUUGAAAACAAAGGGAAAAAACAUCAAGAACAUUUAUUUCUAAGAAAAGCAUUGUACCAGAAGAAAGGGGAGAAAAAAACAGUCACAAGCUACUAAAUGCUACCUCCCCAUCUGCCACCCCAAGUUUUCUAUUUCUUGUUUUGUUUUGAAAUAUAAAAUAAUUCAGAUAUGUCAUAGAACAGCAGCUUGCUUUUUCAGUUCGGAACACAUAUGCAUUAAUAUGAAUUAUUACUGUAGUAUGUCAUGGCAACCAGUUUGCUAUUAGAAGACAUUUUAAAUAGUUUAUAAAUUAUAUAAGAGAUGCUGGCUUGUAUAUAGUAAGUCAGAUUUGCCUUUGAUUUCCAAAGUUCAUCCCUGUGAAACUAAAAUAUAUAGAAAAAGCUGUUGGCAAUGUAUUAUAAAUACAGUACUAUUUAAAAUAAGUUUUGCACUUUCUCCAAGAAAUUAUAGUACAGGACACAGUCAAUGGAGUACCUCCUACAAGAAGAUCCAUUGAAACGCAUGGGAGAAGUAGCUAUGUACUCUGGUGCAAAUCCCAUUUAUUUCAGUGGUGCUUUCCUAGGAGGAAAAUGCCAGCUGAUUAUAUCUUUUCAGUGCCAGUGUGGUAUUUUGUAAACACAAUUUUUAACUGCAUUUUUCUUUCCUCCCCCAAAGAAUACUGGUAGUAAUGACACUUGUUAAGAAAUCUAAAGUAUUUGAGAAGUAAUGUAUUUAUUGAAUUAAAAGUGGUGUUACUUAUCCAUCAACAGAGAUGGUGCUAAUAGUAUUUCAUCUAUAGAACUCAUUCCAAAAUAAAUACUGUUUAAAUCACGGACAAUCGCACUUGUGUAGCACCUUUAUUUCCAUUAAGCAAGGUGGGAAUAUAAAGAAUGAGCAAAACCAUCCUACAGACAGGGAAAAUGUUACAGAAAGGAUUUUGUACAAUAAUGCUUUUGUUAAUUUGUAGUAGUGAUCAUCUCCUGUAACACAUGGCUCUUUCACAAAUCACACAUAGAGGGUAUAAAAUGUAAUUUACUGAAUAUCCUUUAGGUUAAUAUGGAAAAAUCUUUAGCAAAAUAGAUAUAUAUACAUAUCUGUCCUCUUGAAGAGUCCGUUUGGAAAACAU